UAUUUGACGAUUUUCUCUUAUUUUUCUAGGCCUUGAUCAACAUGGCUUACUGUUGCCUGAUAUUAAUAGGAAAAUUCAUUCAGAAAUUAGUAUUUGGCGAGCUGAGAGUUUCCGAACAACAGCACAUCAAAGAUAAAUUCUGGAAUUUUGUCUUUUACAAGUUUAUUUUUAUUUUUGGAGUCAUGAAUGUCCAGUAUAUCGAAGAAGUCGUGCUGUGGUGCAGUUGGUUUUCGUUUCUGGGUUUCCUGCAUCUGCUCGCUCAGUUAUGUAAAGACAGAUUUGAAUAUUUAUCGUUCUCGCCGACCACUCCGAAAGGAACGCACGUUCGACUUUUGAUACUUCUCUGCACCAUCCUUACCCUAGCUUUUAUCAUGGUCGGCAUAAGUAUCUACGUUGGCUAUCACGUCGGUCUAAACACCUUUUCAUUCAUGAUAGCUGAGUGUCUUUUGGUCACGUUAAGGACAUUAUCAGUAGUUGUCAGAUACGGCAUUCAUCUAUGGGACAUCAGUCAAGAUGGCUCCUGGGACAAAAGAGCAACUUAUAUUUAUUAUUCGGAGUUGAUUUUCGAAAUGACUGUGCUCGUGUUAGAUUUUAUUCAUCAUUUUCAUAUGCUGCUGUGGGGAAACAUCUUUCUGUCAAUGGCUAGUUUGGUAAUAUUGAUGCAGUUACGUUAUCUGUUCUACGAGAUACGCCACCGCCUAAGGAAGUACAAAAAUUAUCUGAAGAUUGUCAGGCACAUGGAAACCACUUAUCCUCUUGCCAGUGCAAACGAAUUAGAAGAAAAUAGUGACGACUGCGCCAUCUGUUGGGAUCGCAUGGACCUGGCCCGAAAGCUUCCUUGCGGACACUUAUUUCACAAUUCCUGUCUCAGAUCAUGGUUGGAACAAGACAUAUCGUGUCCCACGUGUAGAAAAUCUCUGACCGAAGCAGAUUCUCAUUCGAUGGAACUCUCCGAUUCCGUGUUGGCGUUGGACGAUGAUUUGAAUCGAUCCUCCACUCGAAUUUUCCAUUUUGGUAAGUUUAAUUUUCAUCGCCGUUCGGUCUUUCUUCCUUCUCUUUACAAACAUAAUAAUUUCUUUUUUGUAGGAACUAGGCACAGGUGGUGGCCUGGCUUUACGGUCGAAGUGACCAACACAAACGUAAUUCGUAACCGAGAAAAUUCCGAAAGCAGCAAUGUAGAAAAUAUGGCUAAAGAAAUACAAAAGUUGUUUCCAGACAUGCUGCUAUGUCAGAUUUCUGAAGAUUUAAGGAAAACGCAUUCCAUGGAAUUAACUAUAGAAAACAUAUUGGACGGAAAGAUAACCGAACCCAAGAACAAUCCAGCAGAAAACAGAACGUCUGAAGGAAAACCGCCGGAGAGACUCUCCAUUUCCGACGAAGCCUCCCUUCCUUCAAAAGUCGUCCAGAACAAAAUGGAGGAGAAUCUGGCUCUUCCGUCUUCCAGCGGCCUGGGUUGGAGAUUUUCUAAGUUACCCGAAGAGAGGGAAGUGAUUCUUAGUCAGAAGAAGGACGAAAUGAUAGAGUCUGCUCGAAGGAAAUAUUUGAAUAAAUUGGCAGUGGCAAAUUCCACGAGCGAAAAAAUGGCACUGAUCGACCUGGAAGAGAGAGUCAAUCGAAGACGGAGAUCGAGAAAUAUACUCUGCUCGCUGAUUCUGAGAAUCAGGGAGAUGUGAUGGCCGUCGGAACUCUCGCCAAUCCGCCUCGUCUUCCGCCUCCGCCGGCCAGAAGAGACCCGUCGGCCGUCGCCUCCCGAAACGGUGCCAUCGUAGUGGGACUUUCCGAGAACUUGUUCGCACGGCAGCAUUCCGCCGAGAAAUCCAGACACCCGACCGUAUUUAAAACUCCCCAAAAAAACUGUGAUAUAGAUGCUAAAGUGACAAAUCGGACCGUGGGCGUUGUGUGUCGUUUUUAAGCAAAAUUGGUCGUCGUCUCGUGUCGUUGUUGUCAAAUUGUCGACUUCCACGCCGCUUUACGAAAAUAAAAGUUUUAUUAUUUUAA